GAAAAAAGAAAAUUCAAGGAAAAAACAAGUCCAAAGAAAGGGAGAAAAAAGGAGCAGUCCCAGAGAGAGCAGGCAGCUUCUUUUCCACCGCUGAUCCCGAGAUCCUCCCCGGAAGGGAAAAAAAAAAGUGUGUCUUGUCCCUUUCCCUCCCAUUGUCCUUGAAGGGAGGAACAUCACCAAACAAACCAGAGCAGUCUCGACUAAUGUAUAGUUCCAGAAGGGUUGUUUAACUUUCCUCUAACAUAAGCAGAUGAUAGGAAUACAAUACUCAGCUAACCUAGGACACCUGAUGUGCUCACCUGGCAGGACGCGGAGCAGGAAAACGAGACGCGCAAGAAGCAGGAGGAGGUGAUGCGGGAGAAGCUGCUGGCGCAGGAGGCUAAAAAGCAGGAGAAGCGGAACAAGUGGCAGCAGCAGGAGCUGAUCGCGGAGCUGCGGCGGCGCCAGGCCAAGGACCACCGGCCCAUGUACGAGGGCAAGGAUGGCACCAUCGAGGACAUCAUCACMGCGCUGAAGAGCGUCCCCUUCACUGCCCGCACGGCCAAGCGGGGCUCCCGCUUCUUCUGCGACCCGUCCCACCACGACGAGUCCAGCUGUUAAGAUCCCCAGCCCGAAGGUGGAUCCGCCUGUAGCCGAGCGAGGCUGAGGAACCCGACCAGGGGKGCAGGAGAGGACUGGGGCUGCCUCAGUUUCCCCUCCUCGCCCCCCUUUUCCCCUCCAGGUGUCCAGAGAGGCUCCGUCCUGCCCUGACACCAAAUGGGGACGGGUCCAAACGUUGUGCCACCAUCCCUGCGGGUGCCAUCCCUGUGCCCGGAGAUCCCCUGUGCCCAGAUUGCCCCCUGCCCACCCGAGGCAGAGGCCAAAUCCAUCUGUGCCGGGGUCCCAGCAGCAGGAGCUGACCCUUGGGGGUCCCCUCAUUCCCGGGGGGGCUCGCUGCCUCAGAGCCCCCACCCCCAGUGCAGGGACCACGGGGACCCUCCACCCCGCGCUCGACACUUUGACCACUGAUGUGAACACUAAGUGCCAAAAAAAAACAACAAAAAAAAAAGGGACCAAAGCCAGGCUUUUGGGGGGGACACUUUGACCCCCCCUCCCCGUGCCCCCUCCCCUCUACAGUGACUUUUUGUACAUGUGAAAUAUAUGGAAUCUUUUA